AUGACACCACCGACACCGACACCCUCAAGCCUGUCAUCUCCCGUCAUCUCCAAUGAAAGUCAUGAUCAACAUGAACGCCUCUGUAAAACGGUGGCUCCAUUCGACCUAGUAGACAUUGGUCAACGCAUUCCAGAUUUGCCUUCUGAUCUACACAAUGUCAAAAGCAUUCUCGUCACUGGAGGAGCAGGUUUUAUUGGAAGCUUUCUCGUUCGCAAGUUGGUUGUUCUAUAUCCUGAAUACCACAUCUACGUUGUGGAUAAGCUCGAUUACUGUGGAUCAUUACAUAAUCUCAAAUCGGUUGCCGAGUUUCCCAACUAUACCUUCAUCAAGGGCGACAUUACAUCACCCGACUUUAUGGCGUUUGUCCUCAAGGAGAAGCAGAUCGAUAUCAUUUUCCAUCUUGCAGCCCAAACACAUGUCGAUAAUUCAUUUGGGGAUUCAUUUGAAUUCACCAGGAACAAUGUCAUGGGAACACAUGUGAUGCUUGAAGCUGCCAAAGUACAUGGUGUCAAACGAUUCAUACAUGUCAGCACGGAUGAGGUUUAUGGUGAAGUUGUAAGCCGACCAGAUUGCAGGGAGGACACUAUAUUAGCACCUACCAAUCCUUACUCCGCAACCAAAGCUGCUGCAGAAUGCCUCGUCAAGGCUUAUUAUCGCUCAUUUGGUUUACCCGUUAUGAUUACUCGGUCAAAUAACGUCUACGGCCCAUACCAGUACCCAGAAAAGAUCACAUCAAAGUUCAUUUGCAGCUUGCUUCGGCAUGGGAAAUGUUAUAUACAUGGGGAUGGGCAUAAUUCCCGCAAAUACCUUUAUGCAGGCGAUGUUGCAGAUGCGCUUGAUGUCAUAUUUCAUCGGGGCGAAGUUGGUGAAACAUACAAUAUUGGUAGCAAGUUUGAGAUAUCCAAUUUAGAGUUUGCCCAAAGGUUGAUCAAGAUCUUCGGCUACAAUCAAGAUGACCAUAUAGAAUUCGUGCAAGACCGAGCCUUCAAUGAUAAGCGAUAUGGUGUGGAUUUUACCAAACUAGAAGCACUUGGGUGGAAACCAAAGAUGGGAUUCGAAGAAGGGCUGAGAAAAACCAUUGAGUGGUACCAACAUCGUACGGCUGAGUGGUGGGGAGAUGUAUCGGGUGCCCUGGUUCCUCAUCCACUCAAAGCCUUGCCACCCCCUGUAUAG